AUGCGGCUAUGGCUUCUUCUGUUCGCGCCUCCGGUAGAUAUCACCGAGAAUGUUGUUGUGGUGAUGGUGGUGGUGGUGGUGGUGAUGGUGGUGGUGGUGGUGGCGGUGGUGGCGGUGGCGGUUGGUGUUGUUGUGAUGGCACUGGUCAUAGCUGCCAUGACUCUGAGCAUUUCUAGAAUGCGAUUCAUGUAUGAUGUGGUUACUGGUGGUCGUGGUGCCGGUGUGACUGUGGGUCCGGAAAAGUCGCGCUCGACGAAGAGCGUCAAGAUCGAAGACAUGUUUAAGUCGAUCGGCUCGGGUGUGGUGGAAACGGGGGAGACGCUGGGCUCGGGACUCGGCAGCCUCGGUGAGAAUGCUCUUGAAGUGGUGACAAGCCCUUUCCGUGCGAUGGGUAAGAAAGGGGCUCUGUACUUCAGCGGCGUUUUUGCGGGUUCUGCGCUGAACUCAAACAUUGAUUCGGUGGAAGAGUGGCUCCAGUAUGUCAUGUCCAGCUUCGUGCUCUACCACGAUGAUCCGAAAAAGAGCUGCAACAUCAAGAAGGGUCCCUGGGGUAUUGCUGGCACAAAGCCCGACUAUGGCCACUGCAAUUUUCCGCUUGCUUAUGAAGACGGUUCUCCACUUUGGGAAGGUCCGCUCUUCCCGUAUAGUGACGGAAAGGGCAACGACUUCAACAUCUCCUUGAGGGUGAAGGCGGGCCAAGUUCGCGGCCUUGAGGCCUUGCAGGUUCAAUCCUCUCGCUGCUUCGGCAAUGUCGUCAGCAACGGAGGCCUUUGCAAGCUCGAGUUGGCUCCUUCAGGGAAGGAUGAGGAAAAUCUGGCUGUGACCGAUCUCGAAGUGGAGAUCUUCUGCGAGGGCAAGUGCAGCAUUCAAGACCAAGUGCUAGGCGUCUUGUCUUCCGACGACGCCAUCGAAGUAGGCAAGCACGUCUACGUCUACAAGGAAGGGAGCCCAGGAUACGGGAACAAGUGCAAAUCUGAGAAGCACGUCAUCACAAGGAACUUUGUGAGGCAGCGCUGGGUAGUUUAG